AUGCUCUUUGUGCUGGCCGGCCUGGCCUGGUCCGCAAAGGCGUCUUUGGGCUUUGUCUCCGAGCUGGUGCCAGAGGAGAAGAAGCUUUUGGGCAUCUAUCCGGUGUGGCUGUUCUACUGCGCCAUCGCCUGGAUGAUCCUCCUGGCCUGA